ACACUCUUACCGAACUCCGCGGGACUUACUGCCGAGUAAACGCGCUGAGCAGGGAACCUGCGGCCCUCCAGAUGUUGACAGACGUCACCUCAGCUCCCAUCGGCACCGCCAAUGGUCAGGCGAGUGAUGGGAGUUUGCAGCCCAGCCACCAUCUGGAGGGCCGCGGGAUCCUCAGCGCGGGAAGACGGAGGAGUAGAAGGAGGCCCGGCGGGCGCAACACGUGGGAGGAGGAGCGCGGGGACGAAGCCCAGGCAACGCGCGCGCGCACCCCCGAACCAAACCCCGGCGGAGAGGGGCAGCAGGACACCCCGCCGGCACGAGGCAGGGAGAGCGCCCGGACGCGGCGGCAUCACUUCGGUCCGGAGCCGAAGCUGCACCGGCCACCACCUGGCUUGCAGAGCCACAGAAAGGAAGGAAGAAAAAGCAGCAGCAGCGGCUGCUCUUCCUGCACCGCUUGCUGGGGAAUCCGCUCCCCCUCGAAAGGCGGGAGUUACCUGCUGCUGGUGGUGGUGGUGCCGCCGCCGCCGCUUGUGAGCAUAAUCUGCCAACUCCCGUUGCAACGCUGCAGUUCCUCCUUCUCCUCAGCGGGAGCCCGCCUGAGCGCUUUCCGCGAUGCACAUCGGAGAGACAAGGAAACCAAGCGGCUCUCCACAGGCAGCCGAGAGGAAAUCUGGACGGAGUCCCAGCGGCGCUGUUGCCAAGGGGGGCGGGGGGCGCGAAGGGGCUGUAUGUGCGGAGGGUCCGCCCCUCCUUCUGGCUGCUGCUGCCGCCGCCGCUCCCGCCUUCUUGCUCCCCCGGAGUCCCUUAAGUUCAAGCACUCCCCGGCUGGCUGUCGGAAAAUGGGGAGCGGGCGAAGAGCCGGCGGGCCGCACCUCCCGUCAGCCCCUCCUCCGACCCUCUCAGGUGGAAGAGGCGGCUUCUCUUCUCGCGUGUCAGGCGGCUGGGAGUGGAGCUGGCGAGGCCACACCCAAGAGCUUCCCCCUUGAUGUGGGGCUGCCUUCGCUUCUUUGCUAUAGAUCCUCCGGACAACAAUAAUGUGGUAGCACUGGGGAAGCAUUGCAGAACAACUAAUAAAGCAGAAUAAACCCUCCACAAAUGCACCAUUUGUGUGUCCAGAACAUCUUGCAGAAUGCACCCACAAUAAGACACCAGUCUGGAGGUCCCCUAAAUGUGGAUGUGUUGCUUUGAUAGCCUUCAAGUAUAGCUGUUGGGGAAAUGCAGUAGGAGAAGUCUUGAAUCUUGGUGAGGGAUUAGAUCCUGGGUGGAACGUAUUCCAUAUCCAUGUUCUGUUUCAGAAAAAAAGAAUCAGAACAGAGCUUCACUCAACAGGGGCUCAGAUCCAAAGCUGUCCAGGGCAGGCAAUGUACUCUGAUAUGUAUGUCUAUGAUUACAGCCUUCACUUGUCUUGUAGACUUGAACCCAGGACUUUGCUACUAGGAAAUAAUACACCUGAAUAAAAUAAUGAAAACAUG